AUGGAUAAAGAAGGAGCUUCAUUUGGAGAGCAGUUGCUCGAUGCCUCGAGAAGGAACAAUAUAGAUCUUUUGAAAAUGGUUUUUGAAGGUCUUGGUGGUGAUCCGGAAAGGAUUUCUGAGUUGAUUAACGAAUCUAGGGAUCCACUAGGUGACACAGCAUUGCAUUUGUGUUGUCGCUAUGGUUCUUGGGAAGUCCUUGACGAGAUUUUAGACCAAGAUGGUAUUGAAAUUGAUCCACAAAAUACCAAGGAACUUGAUACACCGUUGCAUGUCACCGUUAGGUACGCCCAUGAUGAACCUGAACAUGGUACUUUCAUAGCAAGAAAUUUGGUAGAAGUUGGUGCAGAUCCAAGAAUAAAGAAUAUGAAUGGUGAUAAACCUGUUGAUCUCAUUCAUGGUGACGAUUUAGAUGAGCUCAUUGACCUGUUGCAAGGUGCUGAGCUUGCAGCAGACAAUGAUAGAGUUGAUGACGGUGAAGAGGGUGAAAUUAUAGAGGACGACGGUGAAGAUGUGGAUGAUGAAGAUUGA